GGGACACAGAGUGAGACUCUGUCUUAGGAAAAUAAAAAAUAAAAAUAGAGUUACAGAAAUUUAAGUAUGAUAUCAUUUGUGUGCUAAGCUAAGCCACCACAGAAGAAUUCUGCUUAUUUUUCAAAGAUACAUCCAUGCAUAGAAAGCAGUCUGAAAGGAUAACACCCUAAAUUCAUAGAAUUGAUUCUGAGUUAAAACCCUAAAUUGGUUCUUGCUGAGGAGGGGGCCUGGUGGCUCCAAUGGCAGUCUAACAUUUAAUAUUUAAAGUUUUUACAAGGAGAAAUAAUUCAUGUGUUACUUGUAUAACUAGAAGUUCGAGGGUUUUUUUAAGUAAAAUAUUGAACACAAAGUCAGCCCACCGGUGUCUUGACUAGCCACGGUCAAAAGUUGGAGCUAUUUGUAAGUCAUUUCGACAACAAAGAAAAGGAUGAACUAAAAAUACUAUGUCAUCAAGAUAGCUUUUUCCUCCAGAGAUUUCUAUAUCAGCUGGUGCUUUGAUGUCUGGCCAUUAUCUGAAUGGGGCGUCUGCUCAGGGAUCAGCUAUGACCACCCUAGGGAGAGUUCCGUGAUGAGCCAUGUUGGGGACAGAAGGAUGAGUGAGCAGCUCUGCUUCCUUCGAGACAUCUCUGCUCUUCACCGGUUUGUCUUAGCUUAGGUAAUCUUCCAGGGCUAGAUGAUUGUAGGGGGUAGGGGAAAAGAUGAAGGGGUUAAAUGAUGGAGAAGAGAAGGGUACCAGAAGAAACUCUUCUUUGAAGUUAAAAGCAUUGAAUUCUAGACAUCUGCUAGGGAUCAUUUAAUAUCCAGGCUGAUUAAUUCAGCUGGGAAGCAGUCUAUAGAAGCUGGUAUGGACUCCAUUCCUUGGUGAGCCAUCACUUAUUUCUUAGAAGAAAUGGCAUUAGAGCUUAACUGUUUUUCUAGCUCUUGCAAAGCAUGUAAUUGAUGCAAAAUUAGCUAGGUCCCAAGCAAUAUAACAUCAAAGAAAUAUCUGCUAGCUGGACAAUUUUUUCUAAUCCACAUUAAAAUAAAUACAUAUAUAACUGUUAAAAUAAAAAUGUAUUUAUACAUAUGCAUCUUAAAAUCUCACAUUUAACUAGUGAUGCAUGGGCCAUGGUUGGGGAAACGCUGCAAGAAAUGUGAUCAGCUUGGACUUUGGAGAGGAACUGAGUUCAAAUUUUGCCUCCACAACUAACUUGGUAACCUGAGAACUUAACCUUCUUAGCUUUCAUUCCCUCAUCUCAGGGUGGACUUACUAGUAGUUCCUACCUCAUAUGGCAUUCUUCAGAAUUACUUAAGCUAGUGUCUAUAAAGGAUAAUGUGUAGUGCCUACAAAAUGUUAGUAAAAAAGAUCUUUUGCAAAUAAUAAAACAAAUGCCAAGACCUUGAUUAAAUAUAACUUCUGCAAAACAUGCCAUCUUUUGAGGAUGGUUCAAUGCUCAACCUCUUAUUUUGGGAAUUUGUAUGUGUAUGUGGGUUUUGGCGCCCUCCCACACACACUUUUUGGGCCUCUUUUUAUUAAUACUUUGACUGUAAUUCAUGGAAUUACCUAUUUCAAAUCAAUCUGAUGGCUGAAGAAGGUAAAGCAUGGAAUCACAGUGAUUACAUAGCUACUCUGAAAUGCAUAGAAUCACACCCAAAGAAUUUUUCUAAUUAAAUGCUCUUUGUGGGGGUGAGGUCUCUGAGUAUGAAACUAUGUAACUAAAGACUUAGAAACAUCAGAUUGUGGGCACUUAUGUUUAAACUUAAAUUUUUAAAAUUUCUGGUUAACUGUGUGCAUAGAAAAGUGAAGUUGAUUCAGCUACUCAGCUUGUAAGUGACUGCCAUGAUGGAGAAAGUGGGAGUGUGAGCUGUGCAGAGCUGAUGGCAACUAAUUGGGUAAGUUAUGUCUAAAUGGACGACAUGGAAGAUCUCAUGUAAGACCAACAAGCAGGAGCAUGCUACAGCCGAAAGGGGGAUUUGGUUGAGGAAGCCCAUCCAGUAAGUAGCCACCAAGUUCUUCUUCUCGCCACCUCUUUGAAAUUUCUGCCUGACUAGCUGGUGGUUGACUCAAGCUUUUCCUACCAUUGCUACUUUAGGGAAAGAUCCCAGCCAAGGUUAAUUGUUCAUCUCACUCUUGCACUGAGAUGUCACAGUGGGCAUAUCUAGGGAUCUUAAUAAUUCAUCAUUCUGUUUUGACCUGAACUUGAUCAGUAUAGAUGAGGAACCAGGAGUAUUUAUGUAUUGGGGGCAAAGAGAAGGGGUUUUCCAUGUUUUUGCAUCCCAAAGUGCUAAUUUAAAUAUUCUUAGGAUCAGGUGACAUAUUCUGGUACAAACAGCUUUCUUUGGCACUGCUUAACUGUGUGUAUGUUAAUAACAGGAACUUUGCUGUUUUAAUCUUACAGUUUUUUAAAAAACCUUUUCUAUCUCAGUAAAUCUGUCUAACCAUGAAAUUUAAUAAAGCAACAUUCUAGAAAUUCUUACCAAAGAAAAUGAAAAAUUUUAAUCUUUAUCUCAUGAAGGAAAUGAAAUUUUUUUUUAAUUUUUGAACAAAUAAUAUUAAUGUUAUAAUAUGUCAGCAGGUGAAUUUCCAAAUGCACUCCUGGUUGCUCUUUCAGCCAUUCAGGAAUAAGAUUUGUGUUCUCAGUUUUAAAACUAGGUUCAGAGAACAGGUCCCUAGAAACAUGAGUCAGGGCAGAGAUGAGCUUCCAUCUUGGUGUCUCAAACAAGCUUUUAUUGAUUGCUUAUGAUGCUUACUCACAGUACUGCACUGAGUCCCCUGGCAAACACCCACUUCUCCUGUGAGAGAUGGUCUGUAAACAAUGAACUGGGGCUCAGGGAAUGCGUGUUGUAAUAGAGAUAUUUUUAAAAGCAGACAUUUUAUGGGAGCAUACUUGGAGCCUCAACCUUCUUACCUGUAAAGUGUGGGAACUGGACGCAUCUCUGUUCCCUUUCCAGCUUUGAAACUCUGGGAUCCUACAGAAACACUGACCACUUCUUGUCCUAGAACAUUUGUUUUGCGUGAUCAUUGAAUAGUAAAUACACCAUUGGAUGCUGUAAAUAUUUAUGAUCCCCUAAAUGGGGGUGUUUUUUCCUGUUGUUGACUGUUGUUGGCUGGCUCUCCUACACACUGCAUGCAUUUUUCAGUGAGUCUAGCAGAGAAAGCCUGUACCUCUCAUUUGAAGAAUGUCCAGGAUGGUCUUAAAAAGCAAGUUAUUUGUCUCAAAGUGCUAAAAAUAUCCACCUAAGAAGAAGGUGGGCUUCCAGAGCUCCGUCUGAUCCUCCAUUUCCUCUUAGCAACUUGAAGGAAAAUGCAGAGGAUGACACACAGCCAAGAUGAGAUAAUGCCUGGGAUCUGGGGGUUGAAGUCAUUCCCGGGAGGAUUCCUGUCAGAUGAAACGUUUCCGGGCCUAAGAGCACCAGGAUCCUUCGGAAUUGUACCACUUUCUUUCCCAGAUUUUGCAGACCUAGGGACCAGACCCUCCCUUCCUCAGGAGCCUAGUAAUAAACGGGUCAAACCCCUUUCCAGAGUUACGUCACUAGCAAACCUCAUCCCGCCUGUGAAGGCCACGCCAUUAAAGCGCUUCAGUCAAACCCUGCAGCGCUCCAUUAGCUUCCGCAGUGAGAGUCGCCCUGACAUCCUCGCCCCCCGACCCUGGUCCAGAAAUGCCGCCCCCUCAAGCACGAAACGGAGAGAUAGCAAGCUGUGGAGUGAGACCUUCGAUGUGUGCGUCAAUCAGAUGCUUACAUCCAAGGAAAUCAAACGUCAGGAGGCCAUCUUUGAGCUUUCCCAAGGAGAAGAAGACUUGAUAGAAGACUUGAAAUUAGCAAAAAAGGCCUAUCAUGACCCCAUGCUGAAACUCUCCAUAAUGACAGAACAAGAGUUGAAUCAAAUUUUUGGAACACUGGACUCUCUAAUCCCUCUACAUGAAGAGCUCCUUAGUCAGCUUCGAGAUGUUCGGAAGCCUGAUGGCUCGACUGAACACGUUGGUCCCAUCCUCGUGGGCUGGCUCCCUUGCCUCAGCUCCUAUGACAGCUACUGCAGCAAUCAAGUAGCCGCCAAAGCUCUGCUGGACCACAAAAAGCAAGAUCACCGAGUCCAGGAUUUCCUACAGCGAUGUUUAGAAUCCCCCUUUAGCCGCAAACUAGAUCUCUGGAAUUUCCUCGAUAUUCCAAGAAGCCGUCUGGUAAAAUACCCUCUGCUUCUCCGAGAAAUCUUGAGGCACACACCAAAUGAUAAUCCAGAUCAGCAGCACUUGGAAGAAGCUAUAAAUAUCAUUCAGGGAAUCGUGGCAGAAAUCAACACCAAGACUGGCGAAUCUGAAUGCCGCUAUUAUAAAGAGCGGCUUCUUUACUUGGAAGAAGGCCAGAAAGACUCCCUGAUUGACAGCUCUCGAGUCUUGUGUUGUCAUGGUGAACUGAAGAACAAUCGGGGCGUGAAACUGCAUGUUUUCCUGUUCCAAGAAGUGCUUGUGAUCACUCGAGCCGUCACCCACAAUGAGCAGCUUUGCUACCAGCUGUACCGUCAGCCAAUCCCCGUGAAGGACCUCCUGCUGGAAGACCUCCAGGAUGGAGAAGUGAGGCUGGGUGGCUCCCUGCGAGGGGCAUUCAGCAACAACGAGAGAAUUAAAAACUUCUUCAGAGUCAGUUUCAAAAAUGGAUCCCAAAGUCAGACCCACUCGCUACAAGCCAAUGACACCUUCAACAAACAGCAGUGGCUUAAUUGUAUUCGUCAAGCCAAAGAAACAGUUUUAUGUGCUGCCGGGCAAGCUGGGGUGCUUGACUCCGAGGGAUCAUUCCUAAAUCCCACCACUGGGAGCAGAGAGCUACAGGGAGAAACAAAACUUGAACAGAUGGACCAAUCGGACAGUGAGUCAGACUGUAGUAUGGACACAAGUGAGGUCAGCCUCGACUGUGAGCACAUGGAACAGACAGACUCUUCCUGUGGGAACAGCAGGCAUGGUGAAAGCAACGUCUGACAGAAGCAUGCGCAUUUUGGAAAGCAGGCCUGCGUCUUACCUGUACAGUAUUUGCAUUCCGCAGAUGGAACGGUUUGGAGAAGCACUUUUUCAUACUUUUGUGAAAAUAUACAUGUUGACCCAGUCUCUUGUAUCUGUACCUUUGUCCCUAGUACUGUAACUGCCAAUCUGUCUGUGUAAGCUGGAAUCUGUGGCAACUAUUACCCUGUGUUGUAUUUCACAAGUGUCUGGAUGGAUGGAGAGGUACUCAAACAAGUUACUUUCAAUUGUCCUGCUGGAUUUUAAAAAAAAUAGAAAAAGAAUCUCGAAACUACUGUUUUACAUAGAUUGCUUGAAGAGUCCUUCCUCUUGUGCUUCUGUAGCACUUUCCCAGCUCUUAGAUGUGGUAGCUGAAGGCACAGAAUUUAGAGGGCCUUGUAAAUAGGGCAUGAGGAAGUCACCUGUGUAUCGGGAUGGUAUUAGAGAGAGAAUCAGGAAAGACCAACUCAUGAAGUGAACUUGGUUUGAUUUUAUUCAACUAGAAAGCUUGAAAACAUCCCUGGAGAUUCUGAAGGCUUAAUUUUGCAAAGGAGGACGCACUGUCUGAACCUUGCAACUUCAUCCAGUGCAAGUUUGAUGCAAGAAUGUAUUAGGACAUAAAAUAGAGGCUGACCUUAAAAAGGGCCAGGACAAAAGCAGCUGCCAGCUCUGAAUCUUUAACUGAAAUGCACAUGGCACCAGGAGGUGUCUCUCAUAGUUGGUUGCUAGCCUAAAACAUCAGAAUAGAACCCAAAUGGCCUAGGAAAGCCUUCCAGGAUAACAAGAAGGCCCUGUCUUCAUUGUGUUUCAUCUGCCUAGGCCUACUCAUAUUUUAGAGAAUGAAUGAAGCAACAAGGAAGAGAGACCAUGACUCUAUCGAUGACACUGUUUAUAGAAACACAGGAGAGGAAGAACUUGGAAUGAAAAGCACUUCGUCAGAACCUUGUGUGGGAGCCACUGAGAGAAAAGCAAGGCUGAGAAAGGCCAGAGCCUUGGGCUUUCCUGCUCUGCUUUUGGGUUGUCAGUUUGCCAUCUCUGGUUCUGUGCUAUAAUCAGAAUUGUAAUUAUGUUCUCCAGAGGCCAAUUUCAUUAACUCUGAUGAAUUAGGAUCAGCUAGCCAGAUUAGUAACCUCUUUGUCCAGCCUUGAUUUACAGUGCAGGGUAAAGUGCAGACCUUAAAAAAAGCGAAGUACCUAGAAGAGCUCCCUGCAAGUGUAAAUAUUAAGGAUGACCUGUGCAAAAUUAUACCCACACCAGCACUAGUGGUAAUUAUUCUAAAUUAUUGCCAAAAAGUUUUUCUUUAAUCUUCUGUCUUUCAAGUUUACAGAAAAGAAAGUAAGUGCAUUGAUGUCAUUUUAUUAUGUACAUAUAUCAUGUGCAUUCAAAGAAGCUGUGUGACAGGAUAUAUCAAUAUAAAAACAAGGUAUAUACUUUAUUUUUUAAAAACAAGGAUAUUGUGGUCAAUUUUACCCUAUAAAACAUAUUUCUGUAUUUAUAGAUCUUAAACAUGGUGAAUUUUUUCUAUUACAAGUUUAUUUAAAACUGCUUUGUUUCUCAAGUUGUUAUUGAUACAGCAAGUGAACCUGCUGCAGACAGAAGCAGAGGAAAGCCAAGAACAGCCUUUUAAUGGUGAAGAAAAGAAUGAAUGAUUCUUUGUAGGAGCCAUCAGCCACUUUUAGGAGCCAUCAGCCAGUGUGUUGGGAAAAGAGGUUUGUCAAGUGUUGGCCUAUGGGAAGAAAGUCAAUGAAUGUUUUGAUGAAAUGAAUGUUUUUGUAUAAUGGCCUUAAACUUUUCUGGAAAUAUUUCAAAUAAAUUACAUUAUUAAGUCAUC